AUGGCGCUGCUCAAUAUUCGCCCUCAUGAAGGAAACACAGAAGGUGCAGAUGCUAUUACAAAGUGUGGGUUGGUGGCCAUAAAGGAUGCCCAUGAUAUAGAAACCAGGCUUAAUGAGGUGGAGAAGCUUCUGAAGGCGAUCAUCAGCAUGCCCUGUAAAUACUCCAGGUCAGAAGUUGUACUCACCUUCUUUGAAAGAUCCCCGCUGGAUCAAGUAUUAAAAAACGACAACGUGCACAAAAUUCAGUCUAGCUUUCAGAGUCCAGUCAAAAUAUCAGAAAUCAUGAGGUCCAAUGGCUUUUGUUUAGCAAAUACAGAGACCAUUGUUAUUGACCACAGUAUACCAAAUGGGAAGGACGAACACCCGGAUGUGGACUCAGCAGACCACCUGUAUGAGAAUGGCAGUGAAUAUGCCUCAGAGUUGGAGGAUGGUGAUGACCCAGCAGCGUAUGUCACCAACCUUUCUUAUUACCAUCUGGCUCCCUUCGAGACUGACAUUCUGGACUGAGUGCUCACUAAUGCCAUUGUCACAGGCCUUAUUGCUGUCCCUCUAUACUGGACAUCAGGGGCCAAGAGUGGCCCCCCAGCUUCAGAUUGGAGAUUGCCUAUGAUGCCCCAAUUGGGGCUUUGCUUCUCAGAGCUGCUAGGCAUAACCCAAACACACAACCAGCAGGGACUGGGAAUGAGAGUAUAGCAUCCUAUGAGAGUAUGCAUGGGACUUCUGGUUGUGGACCGGUGAUGACAAUAACUCCAACCACCAGGAGCCCUUGUCACACAUGUUCAUGCUGCCUGUUGCUUCAGAAGGGUCUGCCCUUGUAAUACCAUUAGUCUGUUUUACCUCUCCCGGGACCUGCUGCAUGUGCUUGUCUAUAAGAUCACAAGCAGUACCCACUGCAGGCAGGCCCCCAUGGCUAGGCCGACUUUCUACUUCCAUUGUCAAUCCUUCCUCACGAGGAGCGAGGCUGGCCGGAAAGUCCCUCACUCUCCACCAUUCACUCACACAUCAAGUGCGCAACCCAUUUCAAAGGAGCGUUUAGCACCUCUCCAAGCUUUGAAUGACGUAGCAAGGGAAAAUGAAGUAGUCUAGGAUUUCUCAAGGAAUGGAGGUUUUUCAUUGUCAUUUUAGUUUUCAUCAUUUGUUUAGACACGCGGGCUUUGUCAGCCUGAAGUUAUGUUUACAGAAGGCUAAUCACCAGUGGGAGUAGAUUCUGUAGGGAAGGGGUCAUUGAGGAUACCUAUGGGAGCUCGGGCUGAGGCUUAAUGAUGCUCCUUACAAGGGUGAGUCCAGAGGAAUAUAGUGCCUUCUGACCUUGCACUAUUGUCUCAUGCUUUAGUGCGGAGGAGCAGGUCCUGCACCCAGCAACCAGUAGUCCCAUGUGCACCUCUCUGCUGGUUACAUGGCCUUUAGUGGAGCCAUGGCCAUAAUCAUUCUGAAGGACAAGAAUGAAAGGACAGAAGGACAGUCUGAAGGGACAGGAGUCCCUGUUGCCCACAGGACAGGGAUUGGGUUCUAUGGGUUUCUCUUCACACAGUGUCUACUAACAACCAAUGCUUGGCAAUGUAAACAAUCAUAAAUUAUUGAGUGUCAUAAUUCUUUUGCACUGUCUUUUAUUAGCUUAUUUUAAAUAAAAUUUAUUACUGUACUUGAA